AUGGCGUUUACUGGAACUUUAGAGAAAUGCAAGAUCUGUGAAAAGACUGUUUAUUUUCUUGAAAUGAUAACUGCUGAUGGAGUCACGUACCAUAAAACCUGCUUCAGAUGCAGCCAAUGCAACGGCAAGCUCACGAUGAGCACUUACUCCUCAUUGGAAGGAGUCCUAUUUUGCAAACCUCAUUUUGAACAAAAGUUCAAGGAGAGAGGAGGUCUCCCUAAAGUUACAUCUGGGAAUAAAACACAGGAUGGGGGAAAAGCCCCUAGUAAAUUAGCAGCCUUCUUUUCUGGGACUCAAGAAAAAUGUGCAGUUUGUAAGAAAACUGUGUAUCCACUUGAAAAGGUAACUGUUGAAGGAGAGUAUUACCAUAAAGGAUGCUUUCGAUGCGCUCAAGGUGGCUGUUUUCUCACACCGUCUAAUUACGCUGCUUUAGACGGAAAUCUGUUCUGCAAGCCACAUUUCGCGCAACUUUUUAAAGAAAAGGGUAGUUAUGCCCACCUUAAAGAAACUGCUACGAUGAAAAAAACCGGUACAACGUCAGCAGACGAAGCUGCAGGUGAUGAGGAUGGGAAACCGGAAGAGGCGGCACCAGAAGAACAAGAGUAA